AUUGUGUAUUUUGUGUGUGUGUGUGUGUUAAAGGCAAACUGCUUUUCUAAGCUUGCAAAACCUCCCACCAUAUGGAAAGUGGUGGGGAAGAACGUGCUGGAUGGACUGGGACUUCCAACCCUGCAAGUGGAAGUAUUCUGCACCAUUCAAAAUUUCCCCAAGCACAUAUGUUCUGUGGUGAUCGCGUCUCACUUUGAAAUACGGGAAAACGCCUCCCCUGAGCUAGUGGAAGUGGAGGAACUGGAACGGAAGGAUGCCGUCAGCACUGCCAUGCAGUGGGUCAACGGAGCCAUCACCAUGGAGCUUCAGGGCCUCGAGCCUUCCAACCAGGCUGAGGUGGACCACUUGCUCAGGGCAUUCUUUGCAAGCAAAGUGCAAGAAGAUCAGGAGACAAAAGCAUUGGAAAUUUUGGUGGAUGACUCAGUGCCUGCACCUUUAUUCCCAGUACCUCCACCACCUCCUCCACCUCCUGCCAAAAAGAAAGGACAAAAGCAAGGAAGGAAGGAUACAAUUCUCGAGAAACCAAUCCCACCCGAGGAACCUGCUGAACCUGUUCUCCAUGGCAGCAUGGCCAUCGGGGCUGUGUCCCUGGCUGUUGCUAAAACCAGUGCCAUCCUGAGCAGCACUCCUCUCUACGUCACUAUCGCAGCCCUGAAGCACAACCAGGAACCGCUAGAAAAACUCACUGUGCCCUGGCUGAUGGUUUCUCUGGUCAGCUGUGGGAAGUCCUCUCCUGGGAAGUUGAAUUUAAUGAAAGAAGUGAUUUGUAUCCCUCAUCCUGGAUUAAGUGCCAAGCAAGGUGUGGCGAUGCUCUUGGAAAUUCAGAAACAAGUUAACAAAACGGUGGAACCGCCCCCUCCUGCAAAACCAGAGACGAAGAAGGGGCACAAUGGAGGCAAAAGGGGUCAACAGCAGAUCACUGGUAAGAUGUCCCAUCUCGGCUGUUUAACCAUCAACUUUGACACCAUCGAGCAGCCCAUCCUCCUGAUACAAGGGAUCUGUGCCAACCUGGGGCUGGAACUGGGAACCAACCUGUACCUGGCCAUCAACUGUGAGGCGCAUGAACUGAUGGACUACAGUAAGGGCAAGUACGAGGUGGCCAUGGGAACCUUAAAAAGUGCUGCUGAGAUGGUUGACCUGUAUGUGGACCUGAUCAACAAAUACCCUUCAAUUGUUGCCUUAAUCGAUCCGUUCAGGAAGGAGGAUGCUGAGCAGUGGGACAGCCUCUAUAGCGCUCUGGCCUCCAGGUGUUACAUCAUCGCAGGCGAGGCGUGCAAAAGCAUUUCUAGGCUUCUGGAGGACGGGAUCAACCACAUCCCCAGAGCCAGUGGGCUGAUCAUAAGACACACGAACCAAACGACCAUGUCUGACCUGGCGGAAAUAACCAAUCUCAUCGACAGUCGGAGACAGUUUGCCGUCUUUGGAAGCGCGGAAGGCGAGUCGUCUGAUGACAGCCUUGUCGAUUUGGCUGUUGGACUAGGUGUCCGGUUCAUCAAGCUGGGAGGUCUUUGUCGCGGCGAGCGGGUGACCAAAUACAACCGCCUGUUUUCUAUAGAGGAAGAACUUGUCCAGAGUGGAAGCCAGGAUUUCAAUGAAGAGCACACGUUUUUCUACUUUAAUGAAGAAGCUGAAAAGGCUGCGGAGGCUGAGGAGCUCCCCGAGCCCCUAGAGCCCAUCUUCCCCACGGAGGUGGUAGAGGAAUCUGCCAACACGUGACCGGCCCAGCCCCUCAUGGUGUCUGGCUGCAGCCCUCGUCAUCGUGAGACCGGUGGUAUGAAGCACAACU